CGAGCAGCGGCUUCGUUCUCAGCACUCCCCCCUGCCUAUCCCCGCUCUCCCUCUGGGGCGGGCCGGGAUGCGUCCCGCCGGGGAAGCCGACCCUCCCUGCCAGCCAGAAACCGGCCCUGUGAAUGGGGCCGAUGUCAAGGAGCCUGCCUUCCCCAUCCUGGUGCUUUGCACUCCUGUUGGACCGCAGCUCUCAGCCUUCUGGAGGUUGUAGUCCAGCGCGUGGGGAAGGCACCGGGUUGGGGAAGGCUGCAGGAAGCACAUUGUAUUGUCAGUGGCCCAACCCCCCGCCUGUUUCCCUGUCGCUCUUUUGGCUCCAGUUAUUGAGCAAAAGCUGCAAUCGUACGAACCCUUGCUUGGUUUUCUGCGGUUCAGGAAAAGAAGACUGAAGAAGCGGCAGGGAAACACAGGACAAUUAACUAGUGGAAGAGGACAACGCCUGAAUAUCCCUUCCCCUUCCUAAAAUUUUGUGAAUGAGAGAGAGGGAUGCUGCCUAAUAACAUCCAGCAGUUAGAUCCGGAAACCUUCCGCCAGCCCAUGCUGCUGAGAAGCAGUGACUGGCCCAAAGUCACUCAGUGAGCUUUAUGGUGGAGGACUAGAAUCCAGACCUCCUGAGAUUGGAUGUAGUCUUGGCCACCCAUUUGGACAGCAUUAAAAGGAGAUUGGAUAACUGCACAGAAGAGAAGGCUAUCAAAGGCUACUAGUCCAAUAGCUACAUGCUACCUCCAGUACAGAUGCAGUAUGCCUGUGUACGUCAGUUUAUGGAGCACUUGGGCAGGCGUGUGCUUUUGGAUCACGUCCUGCUCGUUCACCCCUGGACCAGAAUUCUGUGCCCUUUUGUAAGAUCUAGAAGGCUGAUAACUUGCAACCCCUUCAACAGAAAACAGUAAAGCAGAAUGUUGCCAAUUCUAAGAUGAGUCUUUUCAUAUCAAAUAUUUAGAAUUGGCAUUAACAUGACAAAAUUGUCCCAUUUUUCCAAUGUGGAAAGAGUGAAUAAAAAGAAAAUGUCAGUGGAUGAGGUUCAGUUCUAAUUCUCACCUAUGUUCUCCUGAAAUAAAUAGUUUUCACAUCUUAGUCGUUCUAAGAUUUUUUUUAAUUGAUGAAAAAUGAGUUUUUCAAAGUCUAAAUUAUCCAGCUAAAUGAUGUGGAAGAUAGUAUGGUGCUACAGAAAGAUACUGCCUUAAUACUAGUGAAUGUUGCCCUAUCUAUUUACUUUGUUGAUGUAUUAUUAAUUAGUUUGAAUGUGGCAAGUUAAUGAAAGGGAGUUCUUGAAUAAUAGACUGGAGAAACUGGAUGAUUAAAACAAUGCUGGUGCUUCCUUUCCAGAUAAAUGUAAGCUUUAAAGCACAGGUUUUUGUCCUGAAUUAAUCAAUUUAGAAAAGUUAAAAGAUUUUAAACAUGGCUCCAAGGAUUGAAAACUGCAGUUGCUGACAGUUUUAUUUUGUGUAUGCAUGCAUAAUAUGUUUGCUGCUGCUACGAAAAGUUUUGUUAAGCAGGUUGGUGAUGGAGGUCGAUUAAUUCCUGUUCGUAGCCUCAGUGAAGCUGAUAAAUAUCAACCCCUCAGUCUUGUAAUCAAGAAAAAAAGCUGUUUUCUUUGCAGAAGAUCCAAAUUUGUUUCAACACCAUUCAGCCUAAAAGACAUUCUUCAAGGAGAGAAAGAAAUUUCAGCUGGUAUUUCGUCUUACCAGUUACUGAAUUAUGAAGACAAGUCAGAUGUAGCACGCAAUGGCGGACGAGGAAAUCACAUCAUAAACUCUGCUGGGGUCAAUAUUGCUGGAUCAGAUUCCCUUGCAGUGAAGGCUUCAUUUGGCAUAGUAACUAAACAUGAGGUUGAGGUACCAACAUUACUCAGAGAACUAACUAGUAGGAAAAUGAAUUUUGAACACUGUCUUGUUCGUCAGUCACGAGAGAGUAAGAGGACAGUUCUUUGCGUGGUUAUGGAGAGUAUUCGAACAACACGGCAGUGCUCGCUCUCUGUGCACGCAGGCAUGAGAGGAGACACAAUGAGAUUCCAUAUUAUUGAUGAUCAUAAUUACAAAGGGCGUGACAAAGCUAUCGUCUUUCCUGCACAUACAACUAUUGCAUUUAGUGUAUUUGAACUUUAUAUUCACUUGGAUGGUAAUUUUGAGCUUUGUCUCACUCCAGAAUCAAAAGGAGGAUUUGAAAGAGAGCCAUCAAGAUCAUUUUCGCUAACCAGAUUAAAAAAUCAUCUGUUUUAUAGAAACAAAAGGGUAAUGGAUAUCAUCGCUCACUCAGAUAAUUACUUAGACGACCUUUUUGCCGACUACUAUGAAAAAGCUGCAAGCAUGACUGAGAUCUCCGCAAGCUAUUUCCGGGAAGGGGCUCACGUACGAGUGAAUCUACUUAAUCAUAAUAUCCCCAAAGGCCCUUGUUCCCUGUGUGGAAUGGGGAGCUCCAGAAGGGAGACAGUCUAUGGUUGUCUUGAGUGUUCUUUCAACGGACAAGCAUUUGUACGGUUACAUGCAGUGCCUUGCUUUGACCUAUGGCACAAGAGGGUCAAGUAACAUUUUCUAUGAAAGCCUAUGCACUGAAUCAGAUUCAAAAGGAUGCAUUUGGCUUCCCUUUAAAUCAGUGGAAUGCUAUGAAUGUUGGCUCCAGCCCCUCCCCCCCCAUCCAUUGAAAUGUUUGCUGGUGCCAUCAGAAGCUUUUUUAUUAUUAUUUUUGGCCUUUUAAUUGUGAUAUGUGGCAAUCUUCAAAAGGAAUUGCUGCUGGGAUGUUAACCUUCUUCUCUGCACAGGCAGCACUCCUUCUCCUGCCCUGUGACUCCAGCCACCCCCUGCAUGGCAGUUAAGCUUAGGAAAAAAGAACCCUACUGAUGCCAAUUAAGCCUUUUUCCUAAGAGUAUUGGAGGUACAGGGGGGGACAGUGGAGACAAUUGCCCCCUGAAUGUUGUGGCUCACCCAAAUUCUUCCAUCACAUGGCCUUUUGGGCUGAGGGCAAAAAACCAUUAUUUCACUGAUGCCUAUAGAAAAAGUUUUCCCCCCAUGCUUAACUGCACAGGGUGGGGGCAAUUUUCCCCUAGGAAUGAAAGUGAGGAAAGGGGGAGAGGAAUCAGAUCUCUUGACCCCUUUCCUUUGACCCCCUCUUCAUUCCUCCCACUCCCACCCCAGCAUUUUGAAUCUCUCCUGCACUGGAUAGAAUUGUGCACUAUUUUAUUCUGACUUUAAUUAAUUGGUUUUGAUUACUGAUGAGGAAUUGCUUACUAAUAAGAUGAGCAAUGAAAGCAGCAUCUGAGCAGGAAUUGGCACAUGGAAUGACCCUGAUUUAUCAUGAACUAACAUUUGCACCCGUGAUCUGUCAAACUUUUGAAAUCCCAUUUUGAGGAAAAGUUGCCAUUUGGGCGUGCGUUUGAAUGAGAGAGAGAGAAAGUGCUCAUGAAAUAAUCUACCAGCAACUUUUUUUGCAUUUUUGACAGAUUACAAAUUAAUUGCAAAUGAAAGAGAACUACUGAUCUGGGAUGAUCUGGGGCAAGGUACAAAUUUAAAGAUUUAGUUAUGAAAGCUAAAUGAAGUCUAUUUCUCCUAAGUUUGCAUAUAUAAAUAUCUAUUUGCAUAUACCAACUUCACUCAGAUUUAUAUCCUCUGUCCCUGGGCCCCAAAUCUUUACACUUCACUUUCACAUUGAUUUAAAUGGGACUCAAGUGCAGUUGAUGGGAAUCCAGUGCAAUCUAGAUGGGAAUCCUGUGCAUAUACUUUGCCAUAGAAUUCUUUGUGAGUGCUGACUGCAAAAGUAUAAAAUAUGGAGCCACAAAUACUUGUAUCAUCCUGCUUUUAUAGUAAUGUUUUCUUCUACAGAUCAUACUGUACCAGUUUUUAAAUAUUUUCACAGAAUUGCUUAUAAACUUUGUUGUGUUCCUGGGUAAUUCUUUAUAAGUGCAUAAUGCAAAAUAGCUAACGUGUUUUUGAAGUAGAAUCUUGAAACAGCACUUUUUACAUUGAAAAAAAUAUCUAUAUUGUGUAAUUUUAGGAUGCUUUACUUUAACUACAUCACUGAAAGAAAAUAUUAAUAAUUUGUUAAUGGUAUAAAUAUUUAAUUGAAGUAUCAGAUACAGUACAUGUUUGUGCUUGCUCUGAUUAAAGAUAUGUUAAAACAGAAAUAAAGCUAGAUGUUCAAUUUAAAUUCUCACCCUUAUAUCUGUUUCCUGUUAGGCCACUACAAGCCCCAUUUGAUUUUAAAAUGGAAAAGCUUUCUAUUUUUAGUAGCUUGUGAAAUACUUGAAAAUGAUAUAUAUUUUUGGUAAUAAAGAUGUAUCAUUUUGGAAAAAUUAA